AUGGCCAAAGCAGACCCUCAGAAGGUUGACCUCGAGAAGGGACCUCCCACACCAACGCCACUCCUCGCGAAGGAGAAGCCAGACUCGUUCAAGGUCGACUUCAAGGGCCCCAAUGACCCUCUCAACCCGAAAUCAUGGCCGUCCAAGAAGAAGUGGGCAGCCACACUGGUCACCGCCUCUUUCACAUUUAUUUCACCUUUGGCGUCUUCAAUGAUUGCUCCUGCUCUCGGCCAGAUGGCCCAGGAAUUCAACACCUCAGAUGGUAUCGAAACACAAAUGAUGCUUUCCAUCUUCGUGCUGGCAUAUGCGGUUGGCCCGAUGUUCCUGGGACCCCUAUCAGAACUCUACGGACGUGUGAUCGUUCUACAGUGCUCGAAUCUUGUCUUCUUGGCCUUCAAUACCGCUUGUGGUUUCGCACAGUCCAAGGAACAAGUACUCGCCUUCCGAUUCUUGUCUGGCAUUGGUGGCUCAGCUCCACUAGCCAUUGGCGGUGGCGUCCUGGGUGAUCUGUUCAAGCCUGAAGAACGUGGCAAGGCAAUGGGUAUUUACGCUAUGGGCCCUCUCAUGGGACCCACGAUUGGCCCCAUAGUCGGCUCUUGGGUCGCUGAAUACUCUGACUGGCGAUGGAUCUUCUGGGCAGUCUCAAUCGCCGAUUUGUUCAUCCUGGGUGCCGGUUUCUGGAAGCUGAAGGAGACUUACGCGCCUUAUAUUCUUCACAAGAAAGCCAAGGCCAUCCGCAAGCAGACCGGUAAUGAUCAAUACAGGGCCGAUGGCGAAGGAGACCUGAACCAACCAGUAUGGAAGAAGGUCGCUUCAACAAUGAGUCGAAGCUUCAAGAUGCUCUUCACCCAGCCCAUCGUACAGGCCAUGUCGGUCUACAUGGCGUUCUCCUAUGGUGUCCUCUACCUCGCACUAUCGACGAUGCCCAGACUCUUUCACGGCCCCAGGCCCGAUGGCUACGGCCAAAGUCUUGGUAUCUCUGGUCUGCACUACAUCGCUCUUGGCUUGGGGUUCUUCUUCGGCGCGCCCAUCUGCGGCAAAACAUCCGACAAGAUGUACCAGUACUUCAAGGCCAAGGACCCACAGAAGAAAGGCAAGCCUGAGUUCCGCAUGCCAGUCGUCAUCCCCUUCUCAUUCUUGGUUCCUAUCGGCCUCGCCAUCUAUGGCUGGUCCGCACAGAAUCUCGUAUUCUGGAUCGUUCCCGACAUUGGCCUGUUCCUCUUCGGCAUGGGCACUAUCGCCGCCUUCCAGUGCGUCACCAGCUACCUCGUCGACACAUAUGCUCGCUUCGCCGCAUCAGCCGUUGCAGCCGUCACUAUCCUGCGAUCGCUGGCCGGCUUCUCCUUCCCGUUAUUCGCACCAGCCAUGUUCCGCGCCCUGGGUAAUGGCUGGGGUAAUACCGUCCUCGCCCUUGCAGCUGUUGGUAUUGGCAUUCCGGUGCCCAUCCUGCUCUGGCUCUUUGGUGAGAAGCUUCGCAAGCGGUCGAGCAUGACCAUGAAGGGACCCCCUGGAGGCCCAGGUGGACCAGGUGGACCAGGCGGACCUGGUGGCAAAGGAGGCCCAGGAGGUCCAGGAGGCCCACCAGGCGCGAAGGGACCUGGUGGACCUGGACAAGGUCCUCCAGGCGCCGGACCCAAGCCCGAUGUUGGUCAGCCACCUCACGGCCCGCCAGGAAACCCACCGCCAUUUUCUGAUGGUGGCAAGGGCCGUAUCACGCAAUGA